UCAUGUCCACCACGAACCACAAACAAGUCUCACUCCAUCAGGAUGAUGCACAUGUGGAUUGUUUUGAUUUUUCUGGAUCAAGGAGAUUCACUGAUUUCAGUGACCACAGGCCAACUAGGUGAACCAGUAACCUUUACUUGUUCGCUUUCUGAUUCGGACUACAGUAACACUCGAGUAAAGUGGUAUAAACAGACUAAUGGAGAUACUCUAAGAUUGAUAACAAUCCUGAUGAAGGGAAAUACCCAGUCAUUAUUUGAGAAAGGGUUUUCUCCCUCACGGUUUUCUGCAAACUAUACCACAUUCAAGAGCACGUUGACUAUCCUCAAAACCUUUAAAGAAGAUGAAGCCCUGUAUCACUGUGCAGUAUCUACCUGGAAUACAGAUGAGUGGUCUGGGACUUAUUUGUCUUUGAAAGACAUAAAUACAAGACCAUUAAACUACAGUGUUGUUCAGUGGCCAACAGUAUCAGCCCCACUUCAGCCUGGGGACUCUGUUACCCUCCAGUGUUCAGUCCUACCUCAUUCCCAGACUGGAUCCUGUCCAAAUGAACGCAGGGUGUCCUGGUUUGGAGUCAGAAAAGACACUUUCCGUGGAAGCAUCAUCUACACAGAUCAAAAUGCAUCUUACAAUUGUGACAAGAAACCUGACACAUCAUCAGAUUCUAAAAGAUGUGUUUAUCACUUCUCAAAGAAUGUCAACUCUGAUGAUAGUGGGACUUACUACUGUGCACUGGCCAUGUGUGGGGAGAUUAUAUUUGGAAAUGGAACCAAACUUGAAAUUGAAGUCAAAGACGGCUACAGGUGGCCAAAUUAUGGCGUGCUUCUGAUGUGUACUCUUGUGGCUGUAAGUGGGUUUGCCGUUGUUAUUACCAUUAUCAGGACAAAAGGGGAUUUCUGGAAAGUUGAUAAUUGUCUACAAGAAAAAGUUGAAAAGCAGAAACUAAAGAAAGAAGAGGACACACGUAUUUACUCUACUGUUGUCUUUGGUAUAAUAAAAAAUACAAGUCAAGAAGGAAAAGAUGAAAAAGCAGUAAAGAGGGAGAAAAUCUAUGGCGCUCUAAAACCAUAGCACGGAGUUAGCUUUUGAAAUACUGAUCUGUCCAGGCGAGCGGAGAUAGCUUUUGAAGUCAAACUGAAUAUUUUAAAAGACCCAUUCUCAUAAAACUGAUGGAGGAGAAUGUGCCAAUUGUGAAAGCAAGAAAAUGGAUCAAAUACUGAUAACCCUGUUUCCUGUUUUGUCUUCCUGUUUUUUUUUCCCUGUUUUAGAAAAGUGAAACCAUAAAGAAGAAAUCUUCUGCUCUCUGUUUGUUAUCAAAGUAUUAAAUAAAAUUUGAUCAAAGUU